AUGUCCCGGGACCACCAUGCGACUACUGAAACCGAGAAAUCACGGAAAGAGAAGAAGGAAAAGAAGGACAGGAAAGAAAGAAAGGCAGCUGCUGCCAUACCAACUGGGCAGGAAAUGAUCAUCGUCAACGUCAACGAUCGCCUUGGAACCAAAUCUGCCAUCCCAUGCUUGCCCGCCGACACAGUCGGCCAACUUAAGUUGAUGGUCGCAGCACGGAUAGGCCGAGAGCCCGGACAGAUCAUGUUGAAGCGUCAAGGCGAGCGGCCCUUCAAGGAUCACAUCACCCUAGAAGAUUACGGCAUCUCGAACGGUGUCCAGCUUGAUCUUGAGGUCGACACUGGCGAUUGA